GAUCACUUCACUUGUAUAACUACCAGGACUCAGCCACAUGUUCCAUAGCCUUCUCGUACGACGAACGACAAUAACGAUCCAUCACUGUCAAUUUGCUUGUUGCAUCUUUCAUUUGACCUCCAUAACAUACCUGUCCCAUACUUGUCGUCAGAAUCAUUCUACUUGCAGGGCAGGGCUCCGUUCACAAUGAACACAAUCACAAUGGCAUCUAACCACCACCACUACGAGCGCCUAUAUGCCGUGGGGGUCAUCGUUGUUGGCUCAGCGAUCAUCACGUAUCUACUCAAGUUCAUCAAACUCGACAUCCAACCUUUCGUGUCCAGCAAACAAGGCAAAGCUCUCCAUACCGUGUCCAGCAUUGUAUCCGAGCGUUUCCUCAAGGCCCUCUCGGUUUCGGAUCCUCUCUCACCCCCGGCGAGCGCUUCGGCACCGGCCUCACGUGGCUACCUCGAGACUCUACCACGACGGACCGGACCACGUCCCCUCGUCACGGGCACCAGUCACCCUCACCAAAUCACCCAACUCUCUCCCACGGAAAAGAAAGUCGCUGAUCGAGUGCGGGAGGUCAUCUCGGACAUCUCGGCGCAGUACCCUUCCGCCACCUACCUCGGCCGGUCGACGUUCGAGCCGGACAUUUCCAGCCCGACGACGCUGUACGCCCGUCACCGCGUCUUCGACGAGACGAGGUACUACGGAGAGAUCCUCCGCGCCGGCGGCCUCGACGGGUCCAUCCAGUGUACGCUCCACCCGCACGACGUCAAGACCGUGAUCGAAAAGGGCUGGGGUCAGAGACACCCUCUGUCGACCCGACUCGCGUCCUGGAUCAUGCGACUGACUGGUGAGACUCGAGCCGCCCCGGCCGCCGACUCGCAGGUCGUGCUCUAUGCCCCGCGGGACCAGUCCGACCUCGACAUCAUUGGCCAGGUCGUCAACGCUGCGGUGUGGUGGGUCGGAGGUGUUGAUACUAGGAUCGAUGAUGAGUCUUCUUGAAUGACCCAUUGCCGGUGUGCGCCACUCAAACGCACCCAAGAACGGCAUCGACCUCAAACCUUUCCAGGGCAUUAGGGAGGGAGGCAUAACGCGCACUGUGAACCUCGCAUGUCGGCAAGCCCAUCACCGUUGCCACCGCUUUCGGUCUUGCAGGCCCUAGGCUGCACGCCUGUGGAGUAAUGAUUGUAUGAUUAGGAUGGAGUAUAUCGAGGAACGAAUGCUGAAAUUAGGAUAGAUGCUUCUUGUUUUGAUUGGUACCAAGCCAUUUUGCCAUCAUGAUCAUCAUAAUUUGGGCUAUUCUUCGCUCCACGACCAACAAUACUACUUGUACCUGC